AAUGAAUAUAAACUAACAUAAAACAUAUAAUGAUGUAAAUAUUGAAGAAUAUGAAUAAAAUGGAUGGAAUUUCAUAUUUACUAAAGCUGGAAUGUAUAAUACAUCAGAUUUGGAAAUGUUAUAACAUGCAUUGAAUUUGCAAGGUAUUCCAGAUAUUACAAAUGGUAAUAAUUGUGGAUUGAUCUACAAUAAGCAAUUUAACUUUGGAUUUUUGGUGGAUCCAAAAGAUGCCUUAUAUUUAUGUAAUUAUUAGGCAAGAGAUUCUAAUUACAUUGAUAUUAAAAAAGAGUUAAAAUCAAACAAACUAAAUUACAUUUCAAUGAUUCCAGAAUAAGCUCAAAUCAAGUAUGCUAAUAUCUGGAAUCAAAAAUAAAAUGCAGAUAUCAAAAUAUUAAAUAAAAUAUCUGAUACAUUUUAUUCAUCUCCUUAUAAGGGAACGAUAGUUGAUGGAGAUUAGAUUAGUUAUUAAUUUUAAAGAUUCAAGUAAAUUUCAGGAAUUAAGGGAAAAUCAAUUUUUGAAUAAUAAUUGAAUGAGAAUUUAAUAAAAAAUGAAGUAGAUUAUCUGAAUUAAGUAUAUAAUACAAAUUCGAAGACAUUCCAUUGUGAAUGUACAGAAGAUGAGAUUCCAUUAAAUAACUUAACACCUGUAUUUGAAUUAUUUAAAAUUAAAAGGAAAAUCCAAUAAAAUGGGCAGCUCAUAUUUCAUUAUUUGAAGAUGAAUUAGGUGAUAAUGGAUUAUCAAAUUGUGAAUAUAGAUUUAGAAUAAUGGGUGAUUGUUUUUUUGGAUUGAUACGAAAUUAUUUAAGAAUUGAUGAUGUUUUAGUUAGAAUACUUGAUACAAGAAUAUAUCAUCAAUUCAAUUGGAAUUAUAUUUUAAGAGACUUCACACAUAGAGAAGAUUCAUGGGGUAUAGUAUUAUUUAUAGAGUAUAGCUAAUAUCUAAAAGAAUGGAUUUAAUUUCACUCCAUAAUGGUUGACAGAUCAAAAUUAAUCAUUUCUUAUAUAAAACUCAGUUCCAAUCUAGUUGCAUAUUAAUGAUAAAAUAUAUUUCAAAGUGUCAUGA